AUGGAAGCAAUAGGACUGAUGGGAGUGUUCAAGACCGCGCGCCCGUUCGAGGGAGCACCUGAGAUGGCAAAAUCUGCUCCCUUAGCAGGUGUAACCGUUCCCGAUCAACGGAUAAUCCCCACUCAAUCCGACCAAGCAAGAAAAGCUCUGAGCAUGCAUACUGAAGAAUUCCGACCAACUUCAACUUUUCCUAGAACUGGCCCGGAACCAGAAGCCCAAGAUGCCAAGCUUCCAAAGAAUUUCAACCCUCAAGAUCUUGGAACUCCUUCCUCUGUUCAUACCCCUGCACUUAUCCCCAAGAUUGCUGCUGAAGAUACGAAGACUCGAGGCGGAGUAGGACUUUCACCUGUCCGCGUUUGGGAGGCGCUUGUUGGUCCAAAGGGCAUUUCAGACCCGCUUAUACGCAAGACGAAAAACAUGCCAACAUAA